GUCUCUCUCAAUUUAACCUGUCAUGUUCACAUAAAUUUUCAUUUGCAUUGUUUAGUUCUCUGGGUCAAAGCUGUGAUAUGUCAGAGAGGGAUUACGGAUAAUUCAUCUUGUUUGGCACAUUAAUGAAAUUGCUUUGUUGGAUACCAUCAUUAUAAAAUAGAUAUAAAUGUAUUUCCGGUCUCGGGACUUAUCAGUCUUCCGCCCUGAUGCCCUUGUAGCUAUGGAAACUCCUCAAUGGCAACAUCCACCAGCCCGUUCACCCGUUUUGACCAGGGGCGCCGAGUGUGAUAGCUAGCUAGCUGGCUUUAUGUGUGCCAGAAUUACCGAUCCAUUACCAAGGUUUCAAGAUGGCGUUACAACGACUGACGGCUUUGUUCAUCCUUUAUUCGAUUCUCGGCUACAUUCCAUCACGUGGGGUAAUCCUCCGAACCACAGACAAGACUGUGUGGGCAAAUGAAUUUGAACCUAUUGAGUUGACCUGCUUGAUAGAGUCCAUCUCAACAAACAACCCCAGAAUCGAAUGGAAGAAAAUCAAAAACGGUGUCCCUAGUUAUGUGUACUUUCAAAAUCAAAUUUCAGGGGACUUGGAGCACAGAGCCCAGCUGAUCCAGCCAGCCAACCUACUGAUCCUCAACACCAGCCGUGCAGACACUGCAGAGUACCGCUGUGAGGUCGCUGCCAUUGAUGACCACAAACACUUUGAUGAAAUUCUAAUCAGUCUUGCUGUCAGGGUAAAGCCUGUGGUGCCCAGGUGCAGUGUGCCUGUGGCAGUGACUGUUGGCACGUCCUCUGAGCUGCGCUGCCUAGAGAACGAGGGCUUCCCUGCCUCACAGUACCGCUGGUUCCGCAACAACGAGGAGCUUCCCCAGGACCCAAAGAGCAGCCCCAAGUUCAUCAACUCCACCUACUCCAUUAACGCUGACACAGGUGGUCUGAAAUUCCGCAGGAUGAGGAAGGAGGAUGCGGGAGAGUAUUUCUGCCAGGCAAAGAAUGAAGCUGGACAUGCACAGUGUCCCGCACAGCUGAUGGACGUCUAUGAUGUCGACAUAGUGGGGAUUUUUCUGAAGGUGUUGGCGGCAUUGGCCGGAUUCACUAUUGUGAUGGUGGGGGUUUAUCAUGCACACAAACAUGGCUGCUUUUCCUCUGGCAAGGAUCACACAGGAACCAACUACAAAUCGCCAGCAGCAGAUGAUGGUGUUGAAUAUGCCGAAGCCGAUGAGGGUCACUUCCGGCACAAAUCAUCAUUUAUAAUUUGAAAUCUGAGAUAGAAGGCCGUCAAGAGGGGAAACACUGAAGAGGAGACACACUGAAGAAGAGGAGACACACUGAAGAGGAGACACACUGAAGAGGAGACACACUGAAGAAGAGGAGACACACUGAAGAGGAGACACACUGAAGAGGAGACACACUGAAGAAGAGGAGACACACUGAAGAGGAGACACACUGAAGAGGAGACACACUGAAGAGACACUGAAGAGGAGACACACUGAAGAGGAGACACACUGAAGAGGGGAAACACUGAAGAGGAGACACACUGAAGAGGAGACACACUGAAGAGGAGACACACUGAAGAGGAGACACUGAAGAGGAGACACACUGAAGAGGAGACACACUGAAGAGGAGACACACUGAAGUCAAAAGUGCAUCAAAUCCCAUAAUAAGGCUUCGUGUGAGAAAUUUAAGCUGUAACAUUGCACAUUCUUUUUUUGGUGCGCAUCAACAAUUAGCUUACCAAAGUUAUCAUCUUGAAAAAGAUCAAUCAUUAUUUCUGAUAGGCAAUUGCAACGUUAUGUCCCUGUUAGUACACAGUUUUUUUUGUCGCACAAAUAUGUUUUGUCCUCAGUCGUUACUGUAACUACAACUACAGUACGAUUUUAAGCUUUGACAUUUGAACUUCCACCAACAUGUUCAUCUAAACUGAUGCUGGAACAUUCCCCCAUACUGUUUUUGGACAAUGAUUUUUGACUUCCAAACAUUUCUACAAAAUAUACCAACCCUGUUUGACAAAAACAGCCUUGCAUAGCCUCUGAAUGCAAGAUGGACUGGUUUAUGUUAUUAUGAAGGAAGGUUGUGUCAAUAUAUUUGUGAAUAUAUACACUACCGUUCAAAAGUUUGGGGUCACUUAGAAAUGUUCUUGUUUUUGAAAGAAAAGCAAAUUUUUUGUCCAUUAAAAUAACAUAAAAUUGAUUAGAAAUACAGUGUAGACAUUGUUAAUGUUGUAAAUGACUAUUUUAGCUGGAAAAACAGGUUUAAAAAAAUGGAAUAUCUACAUAGGCAUACAAAGGCCCAUUAACAGCAACCAUCACUUCUGUGUUCCAAUGGCAUGUUGUGUUAGCUAAUCCAAGUUUAUCAUUUUAAAAGGCUAAUUGGUCAUUAGAAAACCCUUUUGCAAUUAUGUUAUCACAGCUGAAAACUGUUGUUCUGAUUAAAGUAGAAAUAAAACUGGCCUUUAGACUAGUUGAGUAUCUGGAGCAUCAGCAUUAGUGGGUUCGAUUACAGGCUCAAAAUGGCUAGAAACAAAGAACUUUCUUCUGAAACUCGUCAGUCUAUUCUUGUUCUGAGAAAUAAAGGCUUCCAUGUGAGAAAUUGUCAAGAACCUGAAGAUCUCGUACAACGCUGUGUGCUAGUCCCUUCACAGAACAGCGCAAAUUGCCUCUAACCAGAAUAGAAAGAGGAGUGGGUGUCCCCGGUGCACAACUGAGCAAGAGGACAAGUACAGUGUCUAGUUUGAGAAACGGACGCCUCACAAGUCCUCAACUGGCCGCUUCAUUAAAUAGUACCUGCAAAACACCAGUCUCAACGUCAACAGUGAAGAGGCGACUUCAGGGUGCUGGCCUUCUAGGCAGAGUUGCAAAGAAAAAGCCAUUUCUCAGACUGGCCAAUAAAAAUAAAAGAUUAAGAUGGGCAAAAGAACACAAACACUGGACAGAGGAAAGAAAGUUUUGAGGCUGUAAUCGAACCCACAAAUGCUGAUGCUACAGAUACUCAACUAGUCUAAAGAAGGCCAGUUUUAUUGCUUUAAUCAGAACAACAGUUUUCAACUGUGCUAACAUAACCAUUUUGCAAUUUUCUCAUGAUCAAUUAGCCUUUUAAAAUGAUGGAUUAGCUAACACAACGUGCCAUUGGAACACAGGAGUGAUGGUUGCUGAUAAUGGGCCUCUGUAUGACUAUGUAGAUAUUACAUAAACAAACCUGCCAUUUCCAGCUACAAUAGUCAUUUAUAACAUUAACAAUGUCUACACUGUAUUUCUGAUCAAUUUGAUGUUAUUUUAAUGGACAAUUAUUUUUGCUUUUCUUUCAAAAACAAGGACAUUUCCAAGUGACCCCAAACUUUUGAAUGGUAGUGUACAUAGAGUCAGUGAGUGGGGCAUGUAUAAAAAGCUGAUAAUCUGUUACAUGCAGAGUCAACGGGCACAAUGAAACAGUCUGUUGUGCUUAAUAAAGCCAACUAACUUUAUUCUCUGCGUUCAGAAUAACAAAGAAACAUAUUACAGUUAUACAGUAUAAUCCCAGUAUAAUACUGCAAUGUACGAUGUAUUAUUAUUAGUAUAUCAAGUAAUUAUGAUUUUUUUUCAGAGUGCUGUUUCUGUUUAUAAGUGACCUUCUGUGCUUACUAAUGACCUACUUUAUGAAUAUUGGACAUAUUGUCCAGUUGUGACUCACAAUUAACUGUAUUUUCUUUAUGGACACAAUAUACAAUAUUAAUGGAUGUACAGGCAAUACAACUUUGUUAGAAAAAAAAUAUCUACACAUACAUUUUUAUCAGUAACAAUACAUCAUAAGUAUUAAACAAUGUUUCAAAUUGAAAUUGUUAAAAAUGACUUUUUGAAACAUUAUUGAUAUAGUUAUUUUUUCAUUGGUAUUCUUUGUUUAUAAAAUAACACUACUCAGGAACUGUUGUAAAAUGUUAAUUGUUCAUUCGUUGUAGUGCAAGAAAUUGAUACUGUUAUAUGCUUACUUCAUUUUGUCAAUAAAGACAUAACAUAAGUAACUGUA